AUGCCUUCGCAAAUGCCGUCAAGUUUUGCUUCUGCUGCAGCAGCGGCUGCAGGUUCAGGUUCGAGUCGCGAUUCUCGAACGGGAAGGAACGAAAGUGCUCGUGGUAAUGAAUGGGCCAGAAGAGAUACUAGAUCUACCAACGGAAGUGGAAGUGGCACACUGACCUUCCGUCGUUCUUCCAACGCUCCUCAUACAUUAUCCGCACAAGCAGAAAAUCUCCCAGCACACAGUUUCGAAGCUUCCGAUGACGUACCACAACAGCCAACUCAAUCAUAUGAGCCAUCUGUUCCUGCAGAUCUUCGUUAUCCGAAAAAUCAUUUAUUGGAUUUAUACCAGAAACAUCGAGAGGCUAAAGAUUCCGGCGCACGCAAUAGCGACGUCUCAAGACUUUAUGUUGAAGGCUGGAACCCGGGUCAGUCGAAUGGAACAAAUGGUCGAGCAUGGGGUAAGGUCACCGAUGGUAGAGAGACCCAUGGUCCAGAUGCAUGCUGGGAUAUGAGUGGUAGUCAGAGACCAGUUUCAUUGGAAGAAAUGACUGAAGAGGAGAAAACCCUUUUCACUACCGAUGUUAAUUCUCCCAUGAAACCACCACCACAGAAUCAGAAUAAGGGCUCGAACGAACAAGGAUCCAACACAAAUGGUCGCAAAACGUCGGUUUCUCAUGGCUCUGGCAACUCCAAUUUCGCAGUUUCUUCGCCAGCAUCAAGCAGACCUGGUACGCGCCGCAGGGAGACAAGCGAUGCGGUCCCGUUCGCUGCUGGAUUAGGAUCUCCUGCUGGGACUGGUCGAUUCCCCCGAGACGAAUCCUCUCCGUUUUUUACUCGUAAGCUUACGGAUUUGAAAGAUGAUGGAGACGAUAGAGUGGAUGAACCCAAAAGCUCCUUACCAUUUGGUCCCUUGAUGCGUUCUAAUACAGGCGGGGCCAACUUGGGAAGUGCGCCACUAUCUCCAUGGGGACCAGCGACUACAAGUGCAACGAUGACUCCAAUGGGAACCUUUGGUGCAUUUGCGAUGCCAACUCCGACUACUCCUAGUGAGAAACGACCAGGAUUUGGAAGCAUUCGAGGAGAAAGUCGACUUGCACAUCUUAUGCCGAAAGAAAAAUCGGAGGAUAGCGCAUCGCAGCCUGCCGAGCGUUCAUGGAGAACUAGACCUCGAACUGAUACGGAUCCAUUUGGCGAGGACAGUGUUCCUAGCGGCAGCGCUGGUCUUGGAGGUGGUCAAGAUACUAGCCCAACCUUGAAUCCUCAACGAAAGGCUCCAGGACUUGAUACUCCAAUCCGUGGACUAUCGAGUGACUUCGGGAUGUCUGAUAUGCCUGGCUUCCGAGAUGCCCAACUACGUGCUCAAAGCCACCAGACACCGCAAGGACAACAUUUCAAUGAGCCAUUGAGUCCCGAUACUAACCCGUAUCGCAGCCCACCCGAGGAACGUAGACACGAUGAUAAUUCCUUUGACGAUGACAAUUCUCACGAGCGACCCCAACCAUUAGGAGGUAUCCCAGAGCAUACACCAAAUGCUUUUGGUAAUCUUUCCAGAAAUUUUGGUAGUGGUGCCUUCGACGGAAGCGAUCGUAGCCAAACAUCUAGUGUUGUAGGUGGUGUGUCCCGGGGACCGUUCGCAGCUUUAGGGGGACUUCCGUCAUUGAGUAAUGUUGGUGGUAUGGGGGGUUGGCCUACAACUAACAAUAUGGUCUCUACACCGGACCGUGAAAAUCGAUCUGUAUUUCCAAGCGCAUUUGGAAACUCCAUAUUUGGACCUAUGGGCGAAAUACCAUCGCCGGUCCAUAGCUCUAUGGAGGGGGCUCAGAUGCAAGGUGCAGAGAACGACAAUUCUGGUGAAAUAGGAGAUAUACGACAAAACAGUGCAUUUGGAGCGAUUGGCCGAACCCAAUUGCACCACGGUAAUUUCUAUGGAUCAGAACCUCGCACCCAGGAACCAUUCUCAGCAGCGGAGUCUCAGCCUGGUGCACCAAUCCCACAAGCUCUUUCGGCUCAAUCUAAUUACCAACAAGCUCAAAAUGGGCCUGACUCUGCACCUGGUCAACUUCCCAACUCUCAACAACGUAUGAUGGUUAUGCCGGAUAGAAUGCGAUGGAUUUAUCUUGAUUCUCAAGGACAGCCUCAAGGCCCGUGGUCCGGUUUGGAAAUGCACGAUUGGUAUAAAGCCUCAUUCUUUACUGCUGAUCUCUCGGUCAGAAAACAGGAAGAUACUGAGUUUGAACCCCUUGGUCAGCUCAUUCGUCGUAUUGGAAACUCUCGUGAACCAUUUCUUGUGCCUCAAAUUGGCAUCCAGCAUGGUCCUCCUACUACUCAAGCUACCUCUUUUGCUUCCGCUGCUACAGCUCCUACUGUUCAACCUGGAUCUGUUCAGCCUCCAUUUGCCGGAGCAUUCCCAAGCUUCGGUACUACAUUGACCGCCGAGCAGCAAAACAAUUUGGAGAGACGUAAGCAAGAGGAACAGUACCUCAUGGCUAGACAGAGGGAGUUCUUGGCGGCUCAACAGGUCAACAUGAAGCAAAUGCAAAUGGGCGGCCUUCCUUCGACCUUGCACCACCAUUCAAGUGCGCAUAGCUUGCAAAGUCAACCCAGCUUCGGCAGCAUGACAUCACCAAUUUCUAUGCCACCUCAACCUCCAAUGCCUGGUGGAUUUUUCGAGUCCGGCCCUAGACCAGGUCUGUCGCAGAUGAUGGGAGGUAUGUCCAGUGAGUUUCUUCACGAUGAUUUAGCUCGCCUCGGUCUCCAAGAUCGUCAACAACCCGGAGCAGUCGGUGCGCCAACCUCUCAAGCUCAGCAAAUCAAUGCACUUUUUGGCCAACCUCAACACAUUGGCGCUCAACGAGAGGCUCCUAGAGCAGAGCCGAAUGAUCCCGAAGGUUUUGUAGCUCGUCUUCGACAAUUCAAUCAGCUUAGAGCCGAGCAUGAUGCAGACGAAGCUGCACAAUCCUCCACAAAUGAGGAUCCCACUCCUCAGCCAGCUGAAGCUGAAGCGAAAGCCGAAGAGCAACAAUCACAAUCCCAAGAAGAGGAGAAUGUGGUGGAGGAAACACCUACACCAAAAUCCCCUGAGGUCCUCUCUUUAACUCAACAAAUCAAGGAUCAACAAGCUUCAACCGCAUCAGCACCAGCCAAGCAAUCUCCAAUAUCGGCCCCUCAACCCGAAUCUCCUUGGGCCAAGGUGAAUACUAGUCUUCCAAUGCCUUUCCCACCUCCGGCACAAUCAACGACCCCUCUUCCUGCUCCAACAGCACAACGAGGAGGUCGCUCCGGCCUGCCAGAUUCCUUACAUGCGGAAGUCCAAUCGCGUUCUGAGACUCCUGAGGCAGUUAGCGCUGGACCAACCCUUGCACCAUGGGCUGUUCAACCUGUCGAGGCUCCUAAGGGCCCGUCUCUGAAAGAGAUUCAAGAAGCCGAAGCAAAGAAUGCUGCUCAAGCAGAGGAGGUUGCCGCUGCUGCUCGUCGUGCUUUGCACGAACAAGAAAUGAAGAUGCUUGCUAGUCAACCAGCUGCACCAGCUCCAGGUCUCCCAACCACAUCCACCUGGGGUGCCAUAGCCACACCUACAACUCCUUCUAAUGCUUCAUCUGUUUGGGCCAAGCCGGCUGCUGCCAAAACUCCUGUAACUGCCACUUCUUCCAAGAAGACUCUCGCAGAUAUCCAAAGAGAGGAGGAAUUGCGCAAAAAGAAGCUUGCGGCUAAUGCAACAGUAUCUCAACCUUCUCCCGUUGCAGGUGGCAAACGCUACGCUGAUCUAGCAAGCAAGCCAUCCGUAACCACUCCUGCCAUGGGAGGAGGCUGGUCUACUGUCGGCGCCGCUGGCAAGGUUAAGAUUCCAACAGGACCGUCUGCUGCAACUUCACCUGUCCCGGCUCGUGCUGCCAGCACUGCUUCUGUAGCUAGUCCUGCCGUUCGAACAAUACGACCAACACCAUCCGCUCGCAACGUAACUAUGGCUGGUACUCAGGCUGGUGGCAAUACUGCGAAUGAAGAGUUCAAAAAAUGGACAAAAGCUACUUUGAGUGGUAAAGAGGGUCUUAAUUCUGAUAUUGAUGUUGACGUUUUCAUGAAUAUGUUGUCUUCAUUCCCAGAUGAAGCUAGUAUUAUUGCAGAUGUUGUGUAUACUAAUUCCCGUGUGAUGGACGGCCGUCGCUUUGCCGAGGAAUACAUCCGUCGCCACAAAUUGGCCGAUAAGGGUAUCGUUGAGCCUGCCAAUACUGGAUCGAAUGAUAAGUCCGGUGGAGGUGGAUGGAGUGAAGUCGCCAAGAAGGGUCCACCAAAGGAGGAACCCACAGCUGGUUUCAAAGUUGUUCCCACCAAGAAGAAGGGAAAGAAAUGA